CCCUUUCUCAAGCAUGUAGUCGAGGAAAACGGACCGCCUCGCACCACUAGUAGAGAACUCAAGUACCAACAGCUUCUUCUUCUUCUCUUCUCCCACUGCCCUGUGGGAGAUUUCAAACACUGUGAAACAGAGAGAGAGAGAGAGAGAGAGAGAGAGAGAGAGAGAGAGAGAGAGAGAGAGAGGGAGAGAGAGAGAGAGAGAGAGGGAGAGGAAGAUGGGGAUAGUGGAGGAGGCUCACAAUGUACGGGUGGUGGGGAACGGCGAGAAGGUCGUCGUCUUGGCCCAUGGGUUCGGAACUGAUCAGUCCGUCUGGAAGCACCUGUUACCGCAUCUUAUCGAGGGGUAUCGAGUGGUGCUGUUCGACAACAUGGGCGCCGGGCCGACCAACCCGGACUACUUUGACUUCGAUCGCUACUCCACGCUCGAAGGCUACGUCCAUGACCUCCUCGCUAUCAUGGAGGAGCUCCGAAUCCAAUCCUGUAUCUUUGUCGGACACUCCGUCUCGUCAAUGAUCGGUGCAAUCGCCUCCGUCUCCCGACCGGACCUCUUCGAGAAGAUCGUCAUGCUGGGCGCUUCACCCAGGUAUCUGAAUGAUGCUGAUUACUACGGUGGUUUUGAGCAGGAAGACCUGGACCAACUAUUUGAAGCUAUUAGAGCAAAUUACAAAGCUUGGGUCUCCGGCUUCGCUCCUCUGGCCGUCGGCAGCGACAUGGACUCCGUCGCCGUUCAAGAGUUCAGCCGCACCCUCUUUAAUGUCCGCCCCGACAUCGCCGCCAGCGUUGCGCAGACCAUAUUCCAGAGCGACAUGCGAAGCAUUCUUGGCCUAGUGACUGUCCCCUGCCACAUUCUUCAGAGCACCAAAGAUCUCGCCGUUCCGGUCUUCGUGUCGGAGUACCUCCACAGGAACCUUGGAGGUGAGUCCAUUGUUGAGGUUAUGCCUUCAGAAGGCCAUCUACCACAGCUCAGUUCUCCUGAAAUUGUCAUUCCUGUUCUUCUCAGGCACAUUAGGUUUGAUAUUGAAUCUUAAUUUUUUUGAAUUUUGGAAGAUUUACAUAAAUAAUACACCAUUCCUAUGCAUAUACAUUUUAACAGCUAAACUUCAAUUUUUACAUGCCACAGUACCUUUUUUCACUUUUGAAAAAGUUUAGAUGAAGAUAUUUUGUACGUGAUUUGAAGGAUUGGUUUGGAAUAACUGUAGAAAGUAAAGUUUAGGUGUUAGAUAUGUAAAUAUAUAGGAAUUGGUUGGUAUGUAUGUAAAUGCCCUAGAAUUUUUAGUCAUUUAAGUUUGAUAAUUCGCUUGAAGUUUGUUUAUUUUUGUAGUGUAAACAAUAUUUGUAUCUUAUCUUUCAAUUCUCACCUUUAGGU